UCAUCCACAAGCAACAAUCUAGUGCAGCAUAUGGGUUUCACUUUAAUCAAACGCGUUUGGUUCCAGGUUUUGUCCUUCUUGCGGCCACCGUACUGCGUGUUAUGGCGUCACCACCACAAACAAGAUGUCGGCCUCCGACCUGGUGACAACCCAGUCUAACGGCUUUACCAGGCGUGUUGGUGUGCGUGCUGCAGCUGUGCCGUGCCGCUCUUGUUGGGGGCAAAUAUGAAAGCGGGUGGUACCAGGACGACAUAAUUGGCACGGAUGGCGCUCUUGUUGACUUUCAUGAAAUGUGUUAUCGGGAGUUAGCAUAACUAUGCUAAGCUCGUAGUCUAGCAGCGGUGGCACGGACAAGACUAAACUUUCCUUUGGUUUGUUUUUAAACAUAUAUUAUCGGUGUAGCAGCGGAGGCGCCAUCAUGUCAGAUAUGGACACCCUCGUUGUCACCUUCCACACGCAGCUCCUGGACGUGAUGGAGACUGUGGUGAAGACCGCCAUGUAUAAGGUCACGCAGUUGGUGGAGGACAGCUUCUUGGAGGAGGUGAAGCGCAAGAACCAAGAGGUGGAAACCCUGAGGAUCAAGCUGCAGUUUGCUGAGAGGAAAUUAAGUGUGAAAGAAGGAGGCGUGUGUGUUGAUAUUGCUAGCAAUGACACUGGCGACGCUUCAGCAGAUCGGCUUGAAGACCUGCAAGAUGAUGUUUUGAUGGACUGCAGUGUGAAAAGAGAGAGAGACGGCGCCGAAAGGUCAUUAGGGACCCAAAGAUGUGAAAUGCAAUCGGACGAGGCUCCAUCAGUCCUCAGCCCCGAGGAGGACACACAUACAACAGAAGAUGAUGUGAUACCAGUGGUGAAGAAAGAAGUCGGCCCGGAGGACGUGAGGGCAUCUCCCAAGCAUCUGUCCCUGGAGAUGGACGCUGCUUGGACUGGCCAAACACUGCAUCAUCAGAGACUUGGAGGUGACAGAGAGGGCGAUCCAAACACAGCCCAAUUAUCUCCACAGCGAGCAGACCAGGAAGACUGUUUUCCAGACGGGAAUAUGAGUCCUGCUACUCGACAUCAGCUUUGUAGCUCCUCCUCCAAGGGAAGACUACAGAACCUUGCCUCGCUCGCUGUGCCAAUCAAGCAGGAGAUUAUCGUGGAUUCACAUGAGGCUGAGGGUAUCCGGCAUGUGAAGAAGGAAGCGACGACAAAGUCCGGGAUUACAUCCGCCUCAUGUGCAAUAAAGAGGAACAGUUUGAGUUCUUUAGCACCAAAGCACAAUACAAAUUCCCAUAAACCCACGGCACAGGAGGGGAUCAAGGUGAAUUCUAAAGACGCUACAUGUGACAGGCUGCAGGCUGCUAUGAAGCAUCUCAUUCGGUCCGUGAAAAAGCCCACGCCCGCACUGUCCAACAACACGGCAGCAGCAUCUCAAUCUUACUCUCAGGCCUUAAACUUGGAUCCCCUGAACAGAAUUCCCACCACAUCUAAAGCCAUACCCCCUGCUGCCAUUCCACGGAAUCAGCCUGCAAAUAAACUAACCUUUAGUCGAACCGGCCCCCCGUGUGCCACCUCCCACCACGCACACUCUUCGUCCCACCCAGAGGGCGUCCUCAGGCACCCCCUGCGCUGCGGCCAUUGUGACAAAUGUUUCCCCCAUCUCAGCAACCUGAAGACCCACCUGCAGACUCACACCGGUGAGAGGCCUUUCUGCUGCUCUCUGUGUGGUCGCAGCUUCACCAAGCUGAGCAACCUCAAAGCCCACCGGAGAGUCCACACUGGGGAGAGACCAUACUGCUGCUUAGCCUGCGGAAAACGCUUCACACAGAAAUGCAACCUGAAACGCCAUCAGAGGAUACACAUGGACGACUGAUGGCGGUCGUGACCGCAGCUUUUUGUGUGUGUGUGUAAAUGUCUGAGUUUGUGUCUUUUGUCACGUUUUGCGGUCCCUGUAAUACUUUGUAUUUGACUCUUGAAGUCCGUUCCAUGUACGGUGGAACCUUGGUUAGUGUCAUUCACCCAUUCCAGAAGGUCCGACUCUAACCGAAACGUACUCUAACUGAAUCCAUGUCAACCUAGUGAAUCCGUCCCAGAAAGCCAAACAUGUUUUCAUAUUUUUACAAUUAUUGUUAAAAUGCAUAUGGAUGAUGAAUGAAAGGGAUAAACCCACACUCGCACCUUCAUUGUUAGCGUCAUUGCUACCAAAGACGACAACCGGGCAGCAAGAGCCGGACUGGAAGCUACCUUCAUGUUUUGCUCUUGAGUCAUUUCUGGAAUUCUGAAAAUAAUGUGACAGUGUUUGUCACCUUCUUUAUCAAAAUGCUGACACUUGCAACUUUCUUUGGCUACGUUUUGUUGCCAAUAUGUGCUUGGGGUGUUCUACCCCACCGGUAAGCUAGCCAUAUCUUAUGUUGCCGUCGUGAGAAGAGACUGUGUUGGUAGCAAACAACUCCAGUUAACGGCUGAUGACAUCGCUGACUUCAGCUUCCUGUGGAGUAGCAAGGCUCCUGUCAAGGAUGUUUUCUGAUAAAAAGUACAUUAAGAACACACGCCUGCCAUAUUGUAAGCUCACUGGAAAAUGUAUGCAAACCGAAAUGGAAAAAUAUGCUAGCAAGUAUGCUAACCGAGGUGCCACUGUAUUCAAAUAUCAUUUACCUAGGGGUUGUUGUUUUUGCUGUCAUUUAUUAAAUGUAGGCCAAGUAUUGGUUUCAUUCAUGUACCCAUUCUGCAAUUUGUCUACACUGUAUAUACAGUGGAAGAUGUUUGGUCAAUACAUAUUUCUGGGCUGCACAGUUAAGAAGGGGGUUCCAAUCUAUAUUCAUAUAGCACAUUUCCAACUGUUAACUGCCCAAAGUGCUGCACAGUGGCCAAAACACAAAAUUAUACACACACACACAGACCCCUAAUUAUAAAUUGUACAGCUGAAUGGUAAAAAUAGUAAUAUAUAUAUAUAUAUACGUAUAUACAGUG